GACUUUUCAUUGGGACGCGUGAUCUGUGAAGGGAUUUGGCGCGAGUUUGUCGUGGUGGAAGUGAGUGUGAGCUGUGUGAACCAGGACCGUACCAUGCCUGCUGUGGAAGUGCCGCUCGCUGACCCCGCUUCAUCUGAAUCUGAGAUGGCUCCAUUACUGGAUGGAUUAAUAACUCCAGCAAUGUUGAAGGAAGAGGAAAAGCUUGAGAAAGCAGCUCAAGUUGAAGAGCAGAAAAUGAUGGAAAAGGCUCAGAGGUCUUGGGAAAGAGACUCCAAUGAAAUGCGCUAUAAAAGGCUCCAGCAUUUACUUGAGAAAAGUAACAUUUAUUCCAAGUUCCUUUUAACUAAAAUGGAACAGCAGCAGCUGGAGGAGAUUAAAAGGAAAGAAAAACUUGAAAAGAAGCCGAAAUCUAAACAGCCAAAAGAAACUUCCGACAAAACAGCUCAGGCAAAGAAAAGACCACGUGAGGAAAGCUAUUGUAUCGCAGAUGUCAUGUCAAAAGAAGAUAUUUUAACAGCCUCCAAACGAUCCAAGCAGGAUUCGGAGAAUGAUUCUUCUGCCUGUAAACUAACAUCUGAAGAGAUUGAGCAGAUGGGAGAUUCGAACACUAUAAUUAAAGAUCGCCUGAAUCAAGCUGUGAGGCACAGUGCUAAGCAUAUGCUGGACCCAGUGAGGAAAGUAGAUGGCCAACCAGUUCCUUUUCAACAGCCAAAGUACUUUGUUGGAGGUGUGAUGCGCUGGUACCAAGUGGAAGGCAUGGAAUGGCUCAGGAUGUUGUGGGAGAAUGGAAUUAAUGGCAUUUUGGCUGAUGAAAUGGGCUUGGGAAAGACGGUCCAAUGUAUUGCUACUAUAGCGAUGAUGAUUGAAAGAGGUGUACCUGGACCAUUCUUGGUUUGUGGCCCUUUGUCUACACUUCCUAACUGGAUGUCUGAGUUUAAACGGUUCUCUCCUGAGAUUCCAGUGCUGCUUUACCAUGGUACCCAAAAAGAACGUCUUCAAUUGGCAAAAAAAAUUAAUAAACGAGAUGGGGCUUUGCAGAUUUAUCCUGUGGUUGUCACAUCUUUUGAGAUUGCUAUGAGGGAUCGUCCAGUCUUGCAGCAUAGAUCCUGGAAAUACAUGAUUCUAGAUGAAGGACACAGGAUUAAAAAUAUGAACUGUCGACUUAUAAGAGAAUUAAAGCAAAUUCGGUCUGACAAUAAGCUGCUCCUCACUGGGACACCACUACAGAACAACCUAGCAGAACUGUGGUCUCUAUUGAAUUUCCUGCUACCGGAUGUGUUUGAUGAUUUGAGAAGCUUUGAAUCCUGGUUUGAUAUAACUGGUAUCUCUCAGAAUGCUAAAGACCUUGUGGUCCAGGAACGCGAACAGAACAUUUUACAUAUGCUGCACCAGAUUUUAACACCUUUCCUGUUAAGAAGACUAAAAACUGAUGUAACACUGGAGGUGCCCCCAAAGCGAGAAGUUAUUGUCUAUGCUCCAUUAACAAAGAAACAAGAGGAGUUUUACACAGCCAUAGUGAAUCGGACCAUUGAAAAAAUUGUUGGACAGGACAAGCCCGCAGAGCCAGUACUAAAAGGGAAAAGAAAAAGUCGCAAAGUGGUGAAUUAUAGUGAGGUGGAUAAAGAAGAUCCAGAUGAACUUUUCAGCCGCCUCCUCAAACAGCAGGAAGCUGAACAAGAAAGGACUGUGAAGGAAGUCAAGGAAGUCAAUCUGCCAGGGAUUGCAGAAGUGAACCUUAAAAUGAGCAAUAUCAUGAUGUUGUUGAGAAAAUGUUGUAACCACCCAUAUUUGAUUGAAUAUCCUCUAGAUCCUGCAACCCAAGAGUUCAAGAUUGAUAAGGAACUGAUAACUAGUUCAGGAAAGUUCUUGCUCUUGGAUCGGAUGUUGCCAGAAAUGAAGAAAAGAGGACACAAGAUUUUGAUCUUCUCACAAAUGACAAUGAUGUUGGACAUAAUAAUGGAUUACUGCUAUUACAGAGAUUUCACCUUCUGUAGAUUGGAUGGAACUAUGAAAUAUACAGAAAGAGAAGAGAAUAUGCGCAAGUUUAAUACUGAUCCUGAUGUUUUCAUCUUUCUGGUUAGCACACGAGCAGGGGGACUAGGAAUUAACUUAACAGCAGCGGAUACUGUAAUCAUUUACGACAGUGACUGGAAUCCUCAAGCUGACCUUCAAGCCCAGGACAGAUGCCACAGAAUUGGUCAGACAAAACCUGUUGUGGUGUAUAGACUAGUGACUGCAAAUACUAUAGAUCAAAAAAUUGUAGAAAGGGCAGCAGCCAAAAGGAAGCUGGAGAAGCUGGUCAUCCACAAAAAUAAAUUUAAAGGUGGACACAAUGGAAUGAACCAAUCUAAAAGCUGUCUUGAUCCAAAAGAAUUACUGGAGUUGCUUCAGUCCCGGGAUCAUGAAAGAGAAGUAAAAGGAUCUAAUGGAAAAGUCAUAAGUGACAAAGACCUUGAAUUAUUACUUGAUAGAAGUGACCUCAUGGAACAAAUGAAAAAUAAUGCACGCUGCAAAGAAAGUGAGAAGUUUAUGGUUCUUGAAGACGAGGAGGAAAUUACAGUCUGAGAUGCCCAGACUAGUUCACUCUGCACUUCUUCUUUCUACUUGGUUUGCUUAUAACUGUAGGUUAGAGCAAUAUACCUGCCUUGUCACAGUAGUUUAAUUUAGACCUGAGAAGGUUCUUUUUAAAGUACCAGUGUCUUUCUAGAACUUUGCAAUGCCAUGCCCAUCACUGCACUUUUACUUGACUUCAAGGUUAUGUUAAUGAACAGUCUUCCUGUGGAAGUAUUUUUAUGUUUUUGUUUUUAUAAUUGUUACAAAACCUGUUAAUAAAGGACUUGACUCUUUAUGUGAAAA